CGCGUCCCGCGUCCCGCGUCCCUAUACCAAUACUUCCCGUUCGAAGGCUGUCGUUUCGGGGUUCGUUGACUCCGUUCAAAAGAUUGAAGCUUUUGUAGCCUGGGCGCAAAAAAACGCAGUUCUACGAACAAUUUCCUGUCCGGAGACACCUCCACAGGGGAAAGAAAAAAUGGCAAGCCUUUACAGGGGCCAAUCUAGGAAGGAAAAACCUAGAGGGCGCCAUCAUGGUUUAACUCAACAGAAGAGGCAGGAGAUAAAGGAAGCAUUUGAGCUAUUUGAUACUGAUGGCUCAGGUACCAUUGACGCCAAAGAAUUGAAUGUUGCCAUGAGAUCCUUGGGAUUUGAGAUGACAGAUGAGCAAAUCAAUCAAAUGAUUGCAGAUGUUGACAAGGAUGGCAGUGGUGCGAUUGAUUUUGACGAAUUUGUGCACAUGCUGACAGCCAAGAUUGGAGAAAGGGAUACCAAGGAGGAGCUCAUGAAAGCUUUUCGCAUAAUUGACCAAGAUAAUAAUGGAAAGAUAUCUGCUAGUGAUAUUCAGCGUAUAGCAAGGGAUUUGGGUGAGAAAUUUAGCGACAGAGAAAUUCAAAAUAUGAUCGAUGAAGCGGACCGUGAUCAUGAUGGUGAAGUCAAUGCUGAUGAGUUCGUAAGGGUGAUGAGGAAAACUUCUUAUGGGUAUUAGAACUUUGAUGUUAAAGGUCCUUGUAUGUCGGUAAUCAUCCUGCACGCUUUUACCGUGGUACCUGGCUCCUGAAAACUGGACAGAACCCUCCUAACAUAAGUGGAUUUGUUAUCUUUGCGUAAUUUAGUUUGACAGUUCCAUCUGUGGGGAUUGAGUUGUUUAUGUCCUGUUAUAUUGUAUUCUCUUUACAGGACCUAAUGCCAGUUAGCCUGUUUUGGGACCAUGUGCUUUAUUGCAAUACACUGGUCUUAUAUGUGUAUAAGCAGUUUUUAUUUUGUUUGUAUCUACUGAAUGGUAAGAAGUGUUUUGUCAUUGUUUAAUGGUUUAUUCUUGCAAUGGAUUCCUUCUUGGUGGAA